CCAAGAGUCAGGCAGCCGAGCAAGCGAACAAACACCUGCGGGCAACUCUCUAGUCCCGUGCGAGCUUCACAGCCGAGAACAUUCUACAGUCUCUUAGUGCGAUAAAACAAUUUUCAGCAUUUGAAAAGAAUGGCAGGUCCAGCUAUCGGCAUCGACCUGGGCACCACCUACUCGUGCGUGGGAGUGUUCCAGCACGGCAAGGUCGAGAUCAUCGCCAACGACCAGGGCAACAGGACCACGCCCUCCUACGUCGCCUUCACCGACACCGAGAGACUCAUCGGAGACGCCGCCAAGAAUCAGGUGGCUUUGAACCCAACCAACACCGUGUUCGAUGCCAAACGUCUCAUCGGUCGCAAGUUCGAGGAUGCAACUAUUCAGAAUGACAUGAAGCACUGGCCCUUCACUGUGAUCAGCGAGGGCGGCAAACCAAAGUUACGAGUGGAAUUCAAGGGAGAAAGCAAGACCUUCAACCCUGAGGAGAUCUCGUCCAUGGUGCUGACCAAGAUGAAGGAGACAGCCGAAGCCUACUUAGGAAAACCUGCCAAAGACGCCGUGAUCACGGUCCCCGCUUACUUCAACGACUCCCAGCGACAAGCCACAAAGGACGCAGGAACCAUCGCGGGCAUCAACGUGCUUAGAAUCAUCAAUGAACCCACAGCCGCCGCCAUUGCUUAUGGACUGGACAAACAGAGUGUAGGAAAGGCUGAGCGAAACGUGUUGAUCUUCGACCUGGGAGGCGGCACCUUCGACGUGUCCAUCCUCAGCAUCGAUGAUGGAGUGUUCGAGGUGAAGUCGACCGCAGGAGACACUCACUUGGGCGGCGAAGACUUCGAUAACAGAAUGGUUACCCAUUUCGUUCAAGAGUUUCAGAGGAAAUACAAGAAGGAUCUGACGAGCAACAAACGCGCACUUCGACGUCUCCGAACUGCUUGUGAACGAGCCAAGCGAACACUCUCUUCUUCCACACAAGCCAGUCUGGAAAUCGACUCUCUGUUCGAAGGAAUUGACUAUUAUACAUCCAUCACUCGUGCAAGAUUCGAAGAGCUUUGUUCCGACCUUUUCCGAGGAACUCUAGAACCAGUGGAGAAAGCUCUCCGAGACGCCAAGCUAGACAAGAGUAGUAUCCACGACAUCGUCUUGGUUGGAGGCUCAACACGUAUCCCGAAGGUGCAAAAACUGCUUCAAGGUUUCUUCAACGGCAAGGAACUGAAUAAAUCCAUCAACCCAGACGAAGCUGUAGCUUACGGAGCUGCAGUUCAGGCAGCCAUAUUGCGAGGAGACCAGUCUGAAGCAGUGAAAGACAUGUUACUUCUUGAUGUGGCUCCCCUUUCACUGGGGAUUGAAACAGCUGGGGGUGUGAUGACGGCCCUCAUCAAACGCAACACCACAAUUCCCACCAAACAUUCCCAGAUCUUCACUACAUAUUCGGAUAAUCAGCCCGGAGUCUCGAUUCAAGUGUACGAGGGCGAGCGAACCAUGACCAAAGAUAACAACUUGCUUGGUAAGUUCGAGUUGAGUGGCAUCGCCCCAGCUCCACGUGGAGUUCCACAGAUCGAAGUCACCUUCGACAUCGACGCCAACGGCAUCCUGAACGUGAGCGCGGUGGACAAGUCCACUGGGAAAGAGAACAGGAUCACCAUCAGCAACGACAAGGGGCGUCUCAGCAAAGAGGAAAUCGAGAGGAUGGUCAGUGAGGCUGAAACCUAUCGAGACGAAGACGCCAAACAGCGAGAACGCAUCGAGGCCAAAAACCGUCUUGAAGCACUUUGCUAUAGCAUCAAAUCUUCUAUCUCUGACGCUGCAAUAGCUGACAAAGUGUCAGCCGAUGAAAAACGCAGCGUGGAAGAGAAAGCAGAAGAAACGCUGAAAUGGUUAGAUAAUAAUCAGCUGGCAGAAAAGGACGAGUACGAGUUCAAGGUGAAGGAACUGGAACAAGUGUGGCGACCCCUUGCUGGCAAAAUUCAUGGACCGGGAACAGGCUCCUCAGGCACCGGUCCAACUGUAGAGGAAGUAGAUUAAUUUCCUCAUGUGAUAAGUUUAAUCUAUUGGAGCACAAUGUUACUCAUAUGAUGAUAGAUUGACUUCAGUUCAUGUAUUUCAAUACUAGUCUCAUUCUGUGUACCUACUUAGCCUAUUACUGUACACUGCUUAUGUGUAAAAAUAUGUAGAAAGCAUACUGUGAUAUUAAUACUUGAUAUAUAUAAUGAAAGUUAUGAUUCUCACUGUAUUCUAAAUAUACAUUUAAUUGUACUAUUACUCCAAUAAGACAACUUGUACAUUUCAUCAUCAUACAGUAUUCACUCUGAAAAUGUACAAUUCGAUUUAAUAAGUGAAUAAAUAUAUCAUGCUAUUUAA